CAGCCUGAGUGCAGGGGAAUAAUAAUCAAUUAAUACAAACCCCAGAUAUCUGGGAUCUACUUGACUUAUCAACUUUAAAGACUCCUAGAACGGCGUAUGGACUAACCUGAAAAAGGUCCACUGAGCCAAUAUGCACCAAUACCAAUACCAAAGCGAUCGUCUCGGUCAUAAGAUGAACUGUACAGACAGAAUGGCUCAUUAUGGCAGCGAACAGUCCUUACACUCCUUACAGCCGGUGCACUCGGGUCAUUCAACUCGUACUGCCGCCUCGACGUCUCCUACGGUAUCGAUGAUGACAACGUGUGCUGUCAGCCUGAUCAAGGUCACUGCCACUACCAGUUCUGCUCACGUGCCAAGUGCCGGAUCAGCUGAUACUCCCACUGCCACCUCGCCGCCGUCGCCACUGGUAGACUCCCGUAUACCGAGGCCAUCGCCGUCGGCUCUGCGUCGUGCCACCAGUCUGCGUCUGCGCGGUGAACGGCCUUCGCCGCCGCACUAUCCGCGUACAGCUGCGAGUAGCGCGGCCCUGGUCAGCGGCCACCAGCACCAUUACCGCCGUCACAACCACCUCCUGCAAUCGUCGCAACAGUAUCAACAUCCUGAUUAUCGCACUUUUCCGAUCAUCACGGAGAAUGGAACCGACUCGCCGCGACAACGAUCCCUCAGUCUCUCACUGACACCGGUGAGGCCGCGACCGGGUCACGCGGCCUCUGGGGGAACGACGACAGCGACGGGAGUCAACGAUGACAGCGAUGUCGAGAGCGUGAAGAGCUUCAGCAGCGCUUGCAGUACAGCGAGCGCUUGCGAACACGCCUCUUUUGCACUGAACGGCACUACUUGGUCUGGUCGAUCGCGGAAAUAUGUUGUUCAUUGCUCAAAUCACAUCGGCGAUAACGAGCAGUAUCUUACACCGACUCAAAGAGCCGCCAGACAAAUUCGGAAGUUUCAGGCUUUGUUAAAAGAAGCGCGUAAAGAAAUUGAAGAGAAGGAUCAAGAAAUCCUUCGCCUGACGAAGGAAGUUGUGGAGCUGAGAUUGUACAAAGCAUCUCUGAACAGUCCGGACGAACGUACGGACAGCAGCGACGCUCUCACUGUGCGCGAAAACAAUCCUUUUUCGCCAGAGUCGCCGAGCAAAGAUCUUCCUGACGAAAGUGCCGCGGACAAGUCCAUCGCUAGUCCGGAAACGCCGGAGAAACGCGCUCAGGAUCUUCCCUCGUCGUUGGCCGAUUCCGGACACUUCGAAGACGGUUCCGUCCAUUCGAAAGAUUCUGUGUGCCUACCCGAGUCGCAGCCGGAAGUUGUCAUCAGUACGCCGAGACAUGCCGAUGUGAUCUCUCGCGAUGUCGUUCCGGAUACACUUCCCAUAACACCAACGAGUCUAGAGAGAGAUGAGGAAAGACGUCGAUUAGUUAGUCAUUACGAAAAUAGAAUUGAGGACAUGCACAGGCGACAUGUUGACGAGCUGCAGGAACUUAAACAAAAGCACAAUGAUAAAGUGGAAAGCUUGCUGAAUCAACUGUCUGAGGUUAAUACUCGUUACUGCGAGGUGCGACCGGCCGUGGACGUCGCAGAGGCUCGCGUGCGCGAAUUGGAAGCAGAACUAGAGACUGUGAAGACUGAGCUUACUGAGCAGAAAGCGCUCUUUAGCGAACAGGAGGAGAGAAAUAAGCAAAUGUACCUGAAAAUGUAUGCCAAAGGUCAAGAAGCCGCUCGCAUUGAACAAGCCGAUCAAAUACUCGUGCAAGCGCAUCAAACACCGCCAAAAGUUUCCGUCGCAGAACUGCUUCAACAAUUGACCGUCACACAAGCUGAAUUAGACAAUGUUAAGGACACAAGCUACUCGCCUGAACCUCACAUUUCAGCCGAAUGUAGCCCAAGUUUAUUAACCGCUCAGGAGGCUGUUUCUCUCUGGGUCCUUGGCACACGUAAGGCGAUGUAUCGACGUAUCGUAGAGGCGAGAAGCAAACAAGGCACUCUCGAUCCGGAAAUCACUCUGCAGUUCCUAAAGUCGGCGAUUUACUAUUUUCUAACCGACAAGGAGAAUCAUCAGGGUCACCUAAACGCAAUUGAAAGUAUCCUGGGUUUCAGCGACGCGGAGAAACAUACCAUCGAUAAGCUAUAUCGAUCGGUGAGAAAGUAGCAUUUCCUGAAAUCUUAUUUCAAAUUGUAUCAUUGAUAAUAAUUAUCUGGUGUUAAACGGCUUUAACACCCAGAUAUUUUAAAACUUCCUCCGCCGUGGUAGCUGGUUUAAAAAUACACACACACAAAACGUAUCUAAAAAAUUUGUAUAAACUUCACUUGACAUUUGUUUACUGAAAAAACGAAGAAGAUUUAUGACAAACGACAGAAGUUAGUAUAUUUUACUUCAUCAUAAAAAUCAGUGGCAUAGUAAAGAAGAACAGAGAAGAUCCAUCCAUCUCGGAUAUUGUUUUAGCAGGAACGCAAUUUAAACGCUUUUUUAUUCCUCCGAGCUAGAGCAUUGUUUAAUUUAAUAAAAUAAUCAUUUCUAUUUCAUCUAUUCUCAAUUCUCCGACUUGCGUAAUAAAAGCACGGAGUAUUUCUUUAUAAAAGUCGACGUUUCUCUCUUUAAUGUUACUAUAGUUUUCAGCGCAGAAAAAAAAAACUGUUUUGGUUUUUCUUACUUAUUAAUGCGCUCUUUUCUUUUCUGAAACAAUUGAAUCGCACGGAAAAAAACAAGUCAUUUACGCUUUUGACUCUACUAUCUAUGGUCUUCUACAUUAUAAACGAAUACGCGAAUAUUACUAUAUAGUUAACCGUAGGCCACUAAACUAAAAAAGCUAUUUGCUAAUUAGUUUAUUGGAUGGUUACUAUCAGUACUCUAACGAGGUGACUCAUCUGUAUCAAUGUUUGUAUCGAAAUAGUUUCGAUUUUUUAUUUUCCAUCGCAAUUAGUUUUCUCGUUCCAGUUUGUUCUGAUUUUGGCUAAUUUGUCUUGGAUAUAUGUUGUCCAAAUUGAAGUGUUUUUUGUCAUAAGAGAAUUUCCAAAAAUCAAAAGUAGAUAAUAAUCUCAUUGAUAUCAUUAAUGCUAUGCUCAUUUUUUAAAAAAUAAUUGAUACCACAAUUAGAGUGAAAAAUUUUACAUCUAAACUUGAUUAUUGACUAUUCUU